UGACAUCGGUGCAAUCUACCUGGCCAUAGUUAAUAUUAGGUUGUACAUUACAUUCUUCUUUUUGAUAUUUCCAUUUGAGAGCUAUCAUGGGUGAGGCAAGCUGUACAUUUUAAACAAUAAACUGAUGAUGGCCUAAAAAUUAUAAGAAUUUUUUUAAUGGUCGUAUCGAGCUAUGCAUUCUAAAUUUCGUAUAUCUAUAUAUCCAUCUCUUUGUGUGUAUAUAUCCAUGUAACACAUCUGUGUUCAUAUGGAGAUCAAGGAAGAUAAAGAUUCAAGGUGGUUCAACGUUAACUAUGUACCUCAGGAGUACAUAUUCUCCCAUGAAGAUAGGCCACAAAAUCUUGAUAUUCCUGUUUGUGAUUCCUUUCCUGUUAUAGACCUUGGAAUACCUUUUCAGCCAAUUGAAGCAAUCUUGAAGGCUUCUCAAGAAUUUGGUUUCUUUCAGGUGAUCAAUCAUGGAGUUCCGAAGAAGACGAUGAUUGAUGCAAUGAAUGUUCUUAAAGAAUUCUUUAACAUGCCGUACAAAGAAGCAAUAGGGUACGUUCCACAUGCAAAGGGUUGGAUUUACACCAACACCGACCACACAAAAGAUGGCGUGUAUUUAUGGAGGGAAAAUCUCAAGCAUCUUUGUCAUCCAUUGGACAAAUGCAUUCAACUAUGGCCCGACAAACCAACUAGAUAUCAUGAAAAACGUAUAUAUAUACACUACUACAGGGAGGUAAUUGCAACUUAUAUAGUAGAAAUACAGAAACUGAGUUUGAGGAUUUUGGAGAUGAUCGGUGAAGGGUUAGGACUGGAGGCGGGGUACUUUAAUAAUAUAAGUGAAGUCCAGUUAUUAUCGUCAAAUUUCUACCCACCAUGUCCAGACCCGAGUCUAACUUUGGGAAUAUUAGCGCACCAAGAUCCGAGCUUCAUAACGUUGGUGUAUCAAGGUAAUUCAACUGGUCUUCAGGUUUUGAAGGAUGGUCAAUGGAUCAAUGUUGGAGCCAUUUCGGAUGCCUUUGUUGUCAACAUAGGUAACCAGAUGGAGAUUAUAAGCAAUGGAAAGCUGAGAAGUGUUGAUCACAGAGUAGUGACUAGCAUGCACAAAACUAGAAGCAGCAUUGCGACUUUUGUGAACCCAUCUCUCGAUUGCGUCGUUGAACCUGCAAAGGUUUUGGUAAACGAAGCAGAACCAUCAAGCUACAAAGCCAUUCAAUAUAAAGAAUAUGUUCGACGCAACAAUGCAUUUGGCGACUACACUUCUGCGUUACAAAAUGUUACAAUUUUGGAAAGUUGAUCAAUAGUUGUUUGAAGUUACAAGUAUAUGUAUUAAGUUGGACUUUGUAAUAGCAUUUGUCCUUUUACUAAACUCUCAACAAAAGUUUGCUUGAAUUGUUGUAUCAAAUGUUUACAUGGUAACCAAAAAGCUU